AUAAGAACUCCAUCCGUCUGUUCUCCCGUUUCCAUUGUCUUUAAAAGCCCUAAAAUGCUCGAGUGAACCUCAGAGUCUUAUUCUCGUUCUCUUUUACUCUCUCCUGCCUAUUCACUUCCGUUUCUUCUCAAUGUUGACUUCAACAAGCGAGCCCUCAAAUGUUCUUCCAGCUGCCUUGGACCUGGAGGUCGGAAUUCCGAGGCUGGGGCUGUUGUCGAACGGAAUAACUCCGGCGGGCAGGCGGAGUACUGGAUGUGGUGAAGUUUGGCGUUGGAGAGAUUUUAUUCUGGCUUAUAAGACACUGGGAGUGGUGUUUGGUGGACUAGUAACAUCCCCUCUCUAUGUUUAUCCUUCCAUGAACUUGAAUUCCCCCACAGAGGAAGAUUAUUUGGGAAUUUACAGUAUCAUGUUCUGGACUCUAACUCUGAUUGGGGUGUUCAAAUAUGUCUUUAUCGCUCUUAACGCUGAUGAUAAUGGUGAAGGUGGCACUUUUGCUCUGUAUUCACUACUAUGUCGGCACAUCAACAUCGGUAAUCUUCCAUCAAGAAAUGUCAACUCAAGCACAGGUGUUUUAUAUUCUAAUCGUUCCAUGACUUCUGAAACAAGAAGUAAAUUAGGAAAGUUUUUAGAGGAAAGCAUAACAGCACAAAGGAUAUUGCUUUUCAUAGCCAUGCUGGGGAUGUGCAUGCUUAUUGGUGAUGGCAUACUUACACCUGCUAUUUCAGUUCUAUCAGCGAUUGAUGGGCUUAGAGGACCCUUCCCUUCCGUAAGCAAAUCUGCUGUGGAAGCAAUUUCUGCUGUUGUAUUGCUGGCUCUUUUCCUCUUACAAAAGCAUGGUACUGCUAGAGUGAGUUUUCUUUUUUCUCCGAUUAUGGGUACCUGGACUUUGACUACACCAAUAAUUGGUGUAUAUAGCUUUUUGCGAUUCUAUCCAAGCAUAUUCAAAGCCGUGUCACCUCAUUACAUAGUUCAUUUUUUUCUGAGAAAUAGAAGAAAAGGCUGGGAAUUGCUUGGAGGGACUGUUUUAUGCAUUACAGGUGCAGAAGCAAUGUUCGCUGAUCUAGGACAUUUCAACAAAAGAUCAAUUCAGAUGGCUUGCCUUCUCACUAUAUAUCCUUCAUUGGUUCUCACUUAUGCCGGGCAAACGGCCUAUCUAAUCAAGCAUCCCGAUGAUCACAACGAUGGGUUUUACAAAUUUGUGCCGCACCCAGUCUACUGGCCCAUGUUUGUGAUUGCAACGCUAGCUGCAAUUGUUGCAAGCCAGUCUUUAAUAUCUGCCACCUUCUCUGUUAUCAAGCAAUCAGUAACCCUGGAUUACUUUCCUCGUGUCAAGGUGGUUCACACAUCCAAACACAAAGAGGGUGAGGUUUACUCUCCUGAAACCAACUACAUCCUCAUGGUCCUCUGUAUAUUGGUCAUACUUGGUUUUGGCGAUGGGAAAGAUAUUGGAAAUGCAUUUGGUGUUGUGGUUAUACUAGUCAUGUUUAUCACCACACUUCUGCUAACUUUAGUAAUGAUCAUCAUCUGGAGAGCCCCAGUUGCUCUAGCCAUGCUAUACUUUGUUCCCUUUUUCAUCAUUGAAGGUGUUUAUGUAAGUGCAGUUCUUACUAAGAUUCCAAAAGGAGGAUGGUUUCCGUUUCUCGUAUCGGUCGUCCUCGCAUUCAUAAUGUUUGUAUGGUACCAUGGGAGGCAGAGAAAGCUAGAAUAUGAGAUGAGGAACAAAAUAUCAGUAGAUAGUUUCAAUAGGCUCUUAUCAUCCUUGGAGAUCCAAAGAGCCCCAGGGCUGUGUUUCUUCUAUAGUAACAUCCAGGAUGGGCUUACUCCACUACUUGGGCACUAUGUGCGCAACAUGAGAUCCUUGCACAAAGUGACCAUCCUAACCACUUUUAGGUAUCUAUUGGUGUCUAAAGUGGAUCCUAAUGAGAGAAUCAUCAUAAGAAAGCUUGGCAUUGAAGGCUUAUAUGGUUGCGUAAUUCAAUAUGGAUAUGCUGAUUCUCUCAAUGUUGAGGGAGAUAAUUAUAUCUCCCAAGUCACAAAUAGUAUGAGGGAACAUAUCAGGUAUAAUUUUGAUGGACUAUCUCCCACCUCUCUUGAAGGGGAGAUUUCUCAGUUGGAAAAGGCAGAAGAGGAAGCAGUAGUUCAUGUUCGUGGAAAGACUAGGUUUCAUAUAGGUGUUCAGACCAGCUUUUCUGAUAAGAUUUUGCUCGGGUUCUAUGAGUUUUUGCAUGGCAACUGUAGAUCUGCAUUGCCUGCUUUGGGAGUUCCAUUACAGCAGAGAAUGAUAAUUGGCAUGGUGUACAAUACUUGAAAGCCAUUACAGAAGUUCUUGUUUAUUCUCAGGUUUAAGCGACCUAUUAUCUUUUAGAGGAAAACAAAGAUAUUUUCGUUUGGGACAGUUUUCUUACUGCUUUUUAAAGUAAUUUUGUGGUACAAAAAUUUCUAGUUAAAAAAAA